AUGGCUGACCGGAGGCCUGCUGCUGCCGCUGGUUCUCGCGGCGCCACCGCCGCACCGAAGAAGUACGGAGAUCGUCGAUACAGAGGCAAGCACCCUCGAGAGGGAGCCGCGGCAGCGGCAGCGUCUGUGCCCGACGACGAGACCUACGAAGAGGAAUGGGCCGACGAGUGGGCUGGUGAGGACUGGGCCGAGGACGACGACGAGGAGUCGGAGAUUCCACCGAGUUCGGCGGAGUUUCGACGCACCCGAGGUGAUCGCAAGAAGUGGCGCGGAGGACCAUGCCCAGCCCCACCUCCACUCGAGGCCAGGUUUCAGAAUAUAUACAAGCAGCCGAGAUACUACCAGAAGUGGGUUAGGAAAGUACACAUGUGGAAGGCCAGGGCGCGACACUACAAGCCGAUGGCCGAACUGGCCCUGGACCUUUCAGACGUCAUCACGGGUGAAGGCGCAGAGAUGAUCGAGUCCUUGGAGUGGACCCGGUUGUAUUCACAGGAUGGUAUUGAUUUGGUGAUCAACUCCCUCGCCGUGUUUGAUGAACAGCAGAUCCUACAGGUUGGAGACCUCAUGGAAGAGUAUGAAGAAGUGGAGCGUCUGCCCGGUGAGCUGCUGGCUGCAUACGUCGCGCAUUUCAAGGAUCUCGAGAUGCGGCUCAAGCGGGCAGAGCUCCCAGCUCAGCAAGGACAAUUUCGAGCAUUCAAGUUGUUGCGAAGUUCAUGUUUAUCGCCGGAGGUCCGGCGCAACCUUCUCCUCGCCACGGGCAAUGAGUAUGACUUCGACCGCCUGGUUCAGGCUAUGAGUUACGACGGAUGGCACGUAAGAGACUCGGUGAGGCGGCCGCUCCUGAACGCAGGUCAGCUGGUCGAGAUUCCGACAAAGGAGGCGGCAAAGGACGAGAUAGACAGCCACCGACCGCCCCACGUCAGCGAGGCUGACAUUAUUCCCGAGGACGAGGCUGAGGAGAACGAAGAUGAAGAUGACCCCGAUCAAGCAGAAGUCAAUGAGGCUUACGCCGAGGAGGUUGACAGUAUCCAGGUCAUGCAGGAGGUGGCGGACGCUUUGACCGUCACCAGCGACAAGUUGAAGAAGCUGACCUUGGGCCGCGGCGCCGCCCGGCAGGCCGCCGCAGACAUCGUCAGCACCGCCACAGAGAGGCACUGCGACGCCGCCGGCCGGCACGUCUUUUUCAGGAAGCAUUCGUGGAACAUUUACGGGAGACCGAUCCGGAGAUUCAAGAGCACCGGCGGCAUCUCAGAGGCCAGGGUUUCGCCAGACGUCUUCGAGGCCUUAGUCACGCACCUCUCGCCCGACGAGCUGCAGCAGCGCGUGGCCGCCUUCAAGAGCAGGGUCGCCACCAGCGACAAGGGGGCCUCCCACGUUCGAUUUCAGGCAACGCCAGAAGUGCGUCAGUUUUCCGUGGAUUCUCGCGGAGCUCAGGCGGCGAGAAGCGGGACAAAAUCAUCGCAUCAGGUCGACGUCAUCUGGCAUGUCCGGACGCCCCUGGACGUUUGCUUCCUCGAGGAUUCCCAGGGUUUCUACAUUGUCAUCGACACAGGUUGCCAGCGCAACGUUGUGGGCUACGAGUGUUUGGGAAAGUUUCUGGAACAUAUUGCCUACCUGGGAUUGAGUUUCUGGGAAGCUGAGGAGCAAGAGAGGCUUCGGUUUGGAGUCAGUCGUGCGGUGAGCAAAUCUGUGGUGUAUUUCCCGAUAUGUCUUGAACAUGUGGUGCCCCUGGUUUGCCGUACCUCAGUCUUGGACGUGAACCCUAAGUUGCCUUUCUUGGGAUCGUUACCGAUGUGGAAGCUCCUGGGCCUCCAGCUGGACACCUUGGGGGAAAGGGCUCAUUUCACCAAGAUCAACCUGUGCGACGUGCCCUUGAAGAUUGCCCCGAAUGGCCACUUGCUUCUGAGAGUCGACUCUUGGUUGAAGGAUGUGGGGUUCCCAAGGGAGCCCGAGGCCUGGAAGUUCACCCCCUCGGACGUCAUCAUCCCGGAGCCCCAGUGGAUCCCAGAGGCACCAGCCUGUGUUUCCGGAGAUAGUUGUGCUCAAGCCGAGUCUCAGCCUAUGCAGUUUUCACGCGCAGCACUGUGUGCUCUUACAUAUACUCACCGCGGGCUGCGUCAGCCUCGCGAAGUCCUGCCCUCCGUGCCAGACGGCUGUAACCUGACCGACGCCACGCCCGUGUUCGAGAGCAUCCUCGUUCAGCUGACGAGGCAGAACCUGGCGAUCAACGCGUGGACGAACCUGAUGCAGCUGAUCAUGAACCACCUGUCGCACAUCAUCGGUCGCAGUCGCGAGCAGUUCCGGCAGAACACGGAGAUGUCGAACCGGAUGAUGGGCGCGAUCGCGCAGAUGGGCCACGAGAUGGGCUACCUGACACCGAUGGCGGACUCAGUGAAGGCGAUCGCGAGAGGAGCCGCACAGGUUCCAGAGAGCGUGCUGCCACCGCCGCCGGCACCAGAGGAUCAAGCCCAGAACUACUCACAGCUGUGCGAGAAGAGGGACGUGUGCGCCCAUCCGACAACGAGGAGGUACUACGCCAAGGGGUACUGGCUGAUCUGCGACCAGUGCGGCCGGCGGUGGAAGUCGGUCAACGGGAAGUGGAUCGUGGACGACAAAGAAGAUCCUCUUCCCUCCCCCGCGUCGGGGACCGAGAUGGUGAAGAGAGGCGCCUGGAAGCGCCUUCUCGGCAUUGCUAAGAAGACGACCGCAGCCUGCGAGACGCUUAUUAACGUGAGUCAAGAUGCCGAUCGCCGAGCUGCAGAUUUACGAGACGCGGAAUGGUGCUGUUCAGACGUGGCCUUCAUGGACAUUCCCGUUCCUGAGUUGCCCGACCACCGGCACCUGGACAACGAGUGCCAGGCGUGCGGCACCGACCUCAUCGAGGGCUGCGCAGGGACAGCAAGACCUACGCGACUAGCUUCACGCUUUGAGCUGAGGGCCUCGCCGAGCGCCGACAUAGAGGACGGCUGGGACUUGUCAACUACGCGAGGUGCUCAGAGAUGGAAAGAUCAGAUACUGAAAGACAAGCCACUCUACGUGAUCGUAGGCUUCCCCUGCACGCUCUGGUGCUCCUACAAUGUCAAUGUGAAUUACGUCGACCAUCCCGAGUUGCUUGAGAGACUUCGUGCUCGGGACCGACGGUUGAUUGACUUGAUCAAGUGGACCAUCAAGUACCAGGUGAAGCAUGGCCGGUUCUUCUUGUUCGAGAACCCGCCGACGUCAGCGAUCUGGAAGGACCUCCAGUUCGCCCCGCUCCUGCCUUUGGGCGAGACCGUUAUUGGCCAUGGGUGCCAGUACGGGAAGACAGGCAAGACUGGCCUGCCGAUUCGCAAGGCGCAUCGCUGGUUCUCCAACUCGCCGCCCGCGCUUGCGGCUCUGAGCCGCCGCUGCCCAGGACUUCGUCCGGAGUCCGGGGGCCACUUGCACGAUCAGAUUGAGAACUCGAAGUGGACAAAGGCCAGCGGCGAGUACACCGACGAGAUGGCCCACGCGAUGCUCCACGCGAUCCAGCAGGUCGCCGCCCAGAGGAAUCCGAGCAGGUUGGCCGACAUGCCGGUUGCGGCUACCGAGUGGGAGGUCGCCUACAACCACGCAGGUCCCAUCGAGGUGCUGUUCGCCUCGCCAGAGAAGGACCCCACCAGGUGGGAGGCGGUCAUGCAGGGCGUCCGACAGAUCGUGGGCGGUUCCGCCAGCCGAGGCGGGAACAAGGCCAUGCAUUACCUUUCGAAGUCGUCCGCGCUCUGGAGACAGAUUAGCCAGCUCGUCCCGUGGGACCUCACGAUGAUCCAGCUCGCGAAGUCAGCCAAGCAAAGGAGGUUCCCCAUCAACAAGGAGCCGUGGUCUCACCGUGGUCACUGCUACGUGGACGAGAAGGGACACUACCAUAUCGAAGCCGAGGACCUGGUUGACGUGGCCUUCCCGACGUUGGCCUUGUCGCCGCCCGCGGACCUAGCCGUUUUCUUCUUCGGCUAUGCCAAGCAGGAGUCCCUCCCGCAGGAGCCUGACACGUCACAGAUAGAGAAGCGAAUGCCGCUUCCCCCGGACCCGAACGACCCGAUGCUGCCGAACAACAGCCUGCCGCCCGACGAGGACGACGACCUGCAGGACGUCCCGAUCGCUCGGAUGCCUGACGCGUCCGGCGGUAUGGCUGGUAUACGUUUUGUUGGAGUGACAAAGGAGCAGUGUCCUCGCGAAGUUCGCCAGCCUGUCGCUCGUAUGCACUGUAACUUGGGACAUCCGGUGCCCAGCGAGUUCUUCCAGUUCCUGGCUCAGAGAGGCGCCUCGCAGGCCACGCUGCUGUGCGCCAGAGCGCUGAGGUGCCCGGCGUGCCUUCGUCGCAAACGGCCUCAGCGACAGCGGGAGUCACAGAUUCCAAGGGUGGGUCUGUUCAACGACUUAGUCAAGGGCGACUUGUUCUACGUCAUGACCCACGACGGAGACGUCUGGGAGAAGUUCCAGACGUGCUGGCUCACCCCGUUCGGGAUUAUGCAGAUUCUGGUUGUCGACAGGGACGGCGCCUUCGAAGCCGUGUUCAUGGACAACUGCCACACGUUGGGAAUCGACGUGAGGUACGUGCCGCCGGGAGCUCACUGGCAGUUGGGCCUGGCCGAAUCCGGCAACUACGCCUGGCGCCGAGUCUUCGAGAAGGUGAUCGACGUCAUCCUGCCGACGAUGCCAGAGCACGUGGACCUUGCGAUCAUCUCGACGAGCCACGCCGUGAACCAGUCAGUGCGCCGAGCAGGCCGCACCGCCUAUGCCGCCGCCUUCGGACGGGUACCCACGCUUCCGACCGAGCUCUUGGCUGACACCACGUCCGCCGAGUUCUGGCACAAUUGCACCCAGGAUGAGAUGCUGGCCUACGGGGGGAGAUGCCGCAUUGAGGCGCUCAAGGCGAUCGCCGACCUGGAGGCCGACGAGGCGCUGCGCACCUCCAUCCUCCGCCAGCCUGUCAACCGCAAGGAGUACGACUUCCUCUCGGGACAGCGCGUGGCAGCCUGGGGCGAGCAUGGUCGCAAGCGACGGGGCAAGACGCCCGUGGCAGGGUAUCGCCCAGGCAUUUUCUGUUUCUGGGAUUCCGGCACCAACGGCUACGGCGAGGGCGAGUCUGCCUGGUUGCGGAUCGGGCACCGCACUGUGCAGGUGGCCCGCGAACACAUACGCCCAGCCGUCGGUUUCGAGGGCUGGACCCCUUCCGAGGAGGACCUCAAGGAGCUCAAGACGGCCGAGCAGGACUUGGCGAAGGCCAGAGCGGUACCCGGCGUCGAGCCCAGAGUCGAGCCGAAGGCGAAGCUCCAGAGCCCGCUGCGCCCUUUCCGUGGCCGGCACCGCCUCAGUUUGGACCAGUCAGAACACGAGAGCGCUCUGCGACGCCCACGCCGAGGAAAGCUUCCUCACAUACCGGGCUCACCGAGCCCAGCAGCCUUCGUGUCCAACGAGUCGGACGAGAUGGAGUUCAUCACACCGGAUGGCUGGGACGGAGUCGAGGAGCCAGUCCUGCUCAGGACCCGCGUGUUCUCGAGCCUGGCGGAGGUCCAGGAGGCCUACGAGGCGCACCUCUUGCCCAUCGAGAACUUCGAGAACGACCCGAUCGAUGACAGCGAGCCGGACGACGACUGGACAAACUGCCUGUACAUGACCUACCACGAGCUCUCCGACCUCAGGGACGGCGAGAUGGACGUGGACUGUGCGACAGCACAGGUGGGCGACACGACGGACUCGAACAACCUGUCGAGACGCGAGCAGCGUCAACUGGAUCGUGAAAUCCCCUGGCGGGAGAUCGCAGAGUACCCGGAGGACCAGUUCAUGGAGUACGUCAAGGCCUUGCGCAAGGAGUGCCAGAACUGGGACACCUGGAAGUCCGUUCGGGCCUGCUCGCAGGAGGAGGCCGAACAAGUUCGUCGUGACCCUCAUCUCCGCAAACGGUGCAUCCGUUCGCGCGUGUGCUACCGGGACAAGAACUUGGGGUUUCCGCCGUUGAAGGCCAAGGCUCGCCCGGUGUUGCUGGGGUUCUCCGACCCCGACCUGGAGAAGUUGCCGCGUAACGCCCCGGUGCUGACCGAUGCUGGCAAGAAGCUGAUCUGCCAGAUCGCGGUCUCGAAUGACUGGCGAGUCGGGACCGGAGACGCGGAGAGCGCCUUUCUCCAGGGAGGCGCCCAGAGCGAGCGCGAAGAGGCGAUCUACAUGAUUCCGCCCAAGGACCCGAUAGUUCAAGCCGCCGGAGUCUUCACCGCCCCACUCUACGAGGUGGUCGGCAACCUGUACGGUCAGUCGACGGCGCCGUACCUAUGGUACAAGCACGUGGUGACGACCUUCCUGGCGCUGGGCAGCAAGCUCCACAGCCUCGAUUCAGCUCUCUUCCUGUGGUUUUUUCCGAACAAUGAGUUGGCUUGCGCGGUGGGUAUGCACGUGGACGAUGCUCUUGCGGCACACCAUCCCAAGUUCGACUUCACCCCGAUCGAGAAGGCUAUUAAAUGGCGAGGCUGGCAGUGGGACAACUUCGUCUUCCUCGGCGAGGAGUACCAGCGCCUACGUCAAGGUCCGUACAGCGGAAGUUUGUUUGUUCAUCAAGCGGCCUACACUAAGGCGAUUGCAGUCACGAAGGUUGGAGUUAUGUCCAGCACUCGGUCUUCUUCUAAGCUGACGCGCUCUGAGCGCGAAGAUCUGGAGUCUGCUGUCGGUUCGCUCCAGUGGUUGUCCGGACACACACGUCCAGACCUGUCAGCCGCGGUUUCCCUUGUCCAGAGGACCGACCCCGAGCUGAACGACCUACGGAUGGCCAUGAAGCACGUAGAGUACGCGCACCGCACAGCCCAGACUGGCAUCCUGAUCGUCCGCGUCGAUUUGAGCCGCGCCUGCUUUGUGAGUUUUGCAGACAGCUCAUGGGCGAACGCUCCAGGAUUGAAGACCCAGAUCGGCACCCUCAUCUUUCUGGCAGACAAGGUGAUACUCACCGGACCCACGUCAUGUACUCUCUUGUUUCACAAGUCCAAGAGAACGCCGAGAGUGGUGAGAUCUACGCUGGCUGGGGAAGCUAUCGCGCAGGACCUGGGAGUGGACUACGCGUCGCACUUGUCGAAGUUCCUGUCCGAGAUGUUGACUGGACGGCCUGCUGGCCGACACCCACCGAUCUUCGAGGUUAUCACCGUUACCGACUGCAAGUCUCUGCACGAUGCCCUCCACCAGCUCACACCGAGUUUGUCUGAGAAACGUACUGUGUUCGACGUGAUUUCCAUUCGUGACGAGGUGAAGGUCAAGAACGUCAGAUGGAUCCCUACGACGCACAUGAUAGCCGACGGCAUGACCAAGGAGGAUCCGAAGCUUCGUGAGAAUCUGACCAAGUUCCUGGCGGAUCCAGUGCUGUCGCUCGUGGAGUCGAUUGCUUGCGAGGAGCUGACCGGUGGGGAUGGCCAAGUACAGAAGAAGUGA